AUGAUGUCGGAUGAGAAUUGCUUGAUAAAUUCAUGGACGGAAUGGGGACAAUUGGAAUUGGUUUGUGUGGGAAGUGCUCGAGGAAUGUGUUAUCCCGAUGAUGAAUAUGCAUUUCCUUGGCAUGAAGUUACAAAUGAACAAAUGAGACGGUACGUGACGUCGUUUGUUGGAUAUCGACCAACUUCCCGGAUUGAGUUAGCUCAAGAACAACUGGACAAUUUGUCGAAUAUUUUGCAGAGUGAAAUGGUACAAGUGAAAACAAUUGAGGAAAUGGAUGAAGACAUCAAUGUUUUAUUGAAAAGGAAACGUACCUACUUGGAGAAGAGUUCAAUGGACGAGAAAGUUUUAUGUAAACAAAAAGUCGAAGUAUGUCGAUCACCAGCGGAUGGGAAACAAUUUGAUCAGCCGAUUCAAACUCCUUUCUUUCGAUCUCAUUUUCAAUCUGGUCUCGCAUGUCCACGAGAUGUGUUGAUUACCUUAGGAAAUACAAUUGUAGAAGCACCGACAGCGUUUCAUACACGUUAUUUCGAAGGAAGCUUUUAUCGCGAGAUGAUUUAUCCGUUUUACAUCAAAGAUAAAAAAGCCAAAUGGCUAUCACCUCCGAAGGCCACGUGUUCCAAAUCAAUGUUUGAUGAUGUGGAUCUCUGGAGAUCAAUCAGUUCAAAUGAAUACAAACGAAAUUUCGCUGCAAAUGGAUACAAAACAAGUUUGAAUGAAAAGGAAAUUGCAUUUGACGCAGCGGAUAUGAUUCGAAUGGGGAAAGACGUUUUCUACAAGAAAUCUGCUUCGACUAAUUAUCAAGGACUCGAGUGGUUGAGACGGACAUUUGGUGAAGAUAUACGUUUUCAUGCAAUGCAUUUUCCCACAGCACCUGAUGUUCAUCUCGAUUCAUCAUUGAUUCCACUCCGACCACCAACAGAUGGAUCCGAAGGGCUUCUACUUAUCAAUCAAAACCGACCGCCGCUCGCCAAUGAACUACGAAUUUUUCUCGAUAAUAAUUGGAGACCGCUCUGGUGUCCGUUACCAGCCACAAAUGAGAGAACACCGAUGGCACUCUGUUCUCCGAAUGUCAAUAUGAACAUUUUAUCAUUGAAUGAACGAUCGUGUAUCAUUGAAGAAUGCGAAGUACCACUUUAUCAAUUUCUUGACGACCUGGGAUUUGAUAUUAUCACAUGUCCUUUACGUGUCUUGAAUGAAUUUGGUGGCGGUGUUCAUUGUGUCACUUGGGACAUUCGACGAAAUGAUUCAUGCAAAGACUACUUCCCGAAUCAAGACUAUGAGAACGAGUGUAGUCAGGAUAUGAAUAACAGUUGUUUUGAUCACACAAUGUAUCAAACUAAUGUUCCUAAGCAAAUUAAUAAAUAA